CUCCUGGAAGAUCUCUCCCUUUUUUCAUCCUAUGUGGGUUCCUUUUUUUCUCUUCUUUAGCGCUAGACAUGUCGAUUAUUGAUUACAAUAUCAGGCAUGGACAAAACCCAGAAGAAAGAACAGACGCUAAUGUUCGGAGAAUCUAUGAGAUGUGGCUCGUCAAACAUGGGAAAGCUUAUAAUGCUUUGGGCGAGAAGGAGAAGCGGUUUCAGAUCUUUAAAGAUAAGGAGAAGCGGUUUCAGAUCUUUAAAGAUUAUCUUAAAUUCAUCGAUGAGCAUAACUCGGUUAAUCGGAGUUAUAAGCUUGGAUUGAACCGGUUCGCCGAUCUGAGUAAUGAGGAGUACCAGGCGAUGUUCUUGGGUACAAGGAUGGAAAGGAAAAAUAGAUUGGGGGGCGAUGUUCUUGGUAGGUAUUUGUAUAAAGAAGAUGAUGAUUUGCCGGAAAAGGUUGAUUGGAGAGAAAAAGGGGCUGUUGUUCCUGUCAAGAAUCAAGGACAGUGUGGGAGUUGCUGGGCUUUCUCAACUGUUGCUGCAGUAGAAGGGAUUAACCAGAUUGUAACUGGUGAUCUAAUCUCUCUAUCAGAGCAGGAGUUGGUAGAUUGUGAUAGAUCAUAUAACCAGGGAUGCAAUGGAGGUCUUAUGGACUAUGCCUUUGAAUUUAUUAUCCAAAAUGGUGGUAUUGAUACUGAACAAGAUUACCCAUAUGAGGCUGUUGAUAAUGUUUGUGAUCCAUACAGGAAAAAUGCUAAGGUAGUUACUAUUGAUGGAUAUGAAGAUGUUCCUGAAAAUGAUGAGAAAUCCUUGAAGAAGGCUCUGGCAAAUCAGCCAGUUAGUGUUGCCAUUGAAGCUGGUGGCAGGGCUUUCCAACUUUUCCAAUCGGGUGUUUUUACUGGUAGAUGUGGCACACAGCUUGACCAUGGUGUGGCUGCUGUUGGAUACGGCACAGAGAAUGGUGUAGAUUACUGGUUGGUGAGGAACUCAUGGGGUCCUGAUUGGGGUGAAAGUGGUCAUAUCAAGUUGGAGCAAAGGAAUACAAACUACUACUUUCAGCAAAGCAUAAUACCAUACUCAGCAACCGUACCCACUUCAUUAUAG